AUGCCAUAUUUCUUUGAAGACAUCACUAAUUAUGUAAUACAAAAUUUAAUUAGUGAUUGCACACUUGGAUUAAAAUCUCAUAACUCCAAUAUUGCUCUUCUUCAACCUAUAAGUUCUGAGGGAUUUUGUCUUCCUCUGGUUCCUGUAAAUCCUAAGGGAUUUCAUCUUCCUCUAGUUGUGGUUGACGAAAUAGCUUCAUAUCGUAGCGAUCUUAGAUUAUCUGAAAAAAGUGACAUGGCAUAUGUCAAACAAUUAAAAGAACUUAUAUCAGACAAAAACUUUAAUGCUGUCAAAUUUUAUAAAAAUUUAAAUUUCCCUUUCGCUCGAAAGAAAGAAGUAGAAAAAGUCUUACACGAAUCAUUAAAAAUUAUCACAUCUGAAAAUAAUGUGAAAGUUCAGAAACUAUUGGCAAAUUUUGACAAACUUAUUAACGCUAACUCAGUCAGGAUUUGUGAUGCAGAGUAUAAUAGUGAUUCUAGUGAAGAGUCAUACUCGAGCCUGAGUAUAAGAUUGCAUCAAGAUCACUUACAAAUAUUUUUCUUGAGUUAA